UUUUUAAGUAAAUUUCUACGCUGAUCUCUUCUCUCAUAUGCUUUGAAAAUUUGAGGCUUCAACGGAGCAGAGUGGCGCAGCGGAAGCGUGGUGGGCCCAUAACCCACAGGUCCCAGGAUCGAAACCUGGCUCUGCUAAUUCUUUUUUCGGUUUAUAAAAGUCAAAGGUCCACCGUAGUGAGCUGCUCCAGUCCACAUGCGAUAACCCUCUCUCGUCUGUUUUUUUUAAUUGCUCAUAACUUCACAGUUUAUCGGAGAAGAAAGUAUCUCCGGUAAAGAUGAACGACGCCGAUUAUAUCCUAGAAGAACUGGCUCUGAGUCUCUCUCACUGGCAAACCUUAGCGCUCCCUGCAGCUGAAAACCCCAUUGAGGAUCUCAGCAAUCAUGUCCACCACCUCCCUUGCUGCAUUCGAUUCGACGGUCCUGCUCAAGUUUCCCACUGUUUCAAGUCUAAAUCCAUUGCGAGAGAAAUAUUAGAAAGCUGUUCAAGUGUAGAUAUUGAAAUUGAUGGAGUAAGAAUAGAAGAAGCUCAUUUCAGAGGAAGAAAGUUGCAAGGAGCAACUAUCUCACUCCCUAGUGGCUAUUCUGUACCGAGAAACUGCGUUUUGGUGACUCACAUCACAUCAGGUUACAUACUUGGACAGGGGGGUAAUCCGAAUGCUAAUGGAAAGAGAAGAGCUUUCUCUAGUUCCACUGAAGAGGACCCGUGUUGCGAAGUGAAGGCGAAAUUCGAAAAACUGACACACUGGAAUCACGAUAGCUUUCCUUCAAAAGACGAUAUUUUCUUGCGGUCAUUUCAUUGGUUUAGCAUUGCAGAAGCGCUGCACAAGCCAGUGAAAGUUGAAGACUUGGUUGCAGUAUCAUAUGGUGAAAAGGGUUGACUUUUAAAACUGGGCUAUGUAAAGGAACCAAAUACGUUCAGUAACAGUGAUGGCUUCUCGUGAUGGAAAAGUUUGCGAGGCUAGAGGUUGCAUCCUACAAGAAGCUUACACUAGCUGCUGCAUUCACUUUCGUCCAAAAACUUGACCAAAAGAAAAUCUUUUGCUUUUUUUUUUUAGGUUCUGUUUGCUCCAGAGAUCUUUCUAUCAAUCGUUUUCAACAAAUUUUGUUGCUGUUGUUUUCAAAUUGUGUUAAGAGAAAUGCACUUUAGUCAAUGAUACAAGUCAAAGACUCAACAAACCAACGAAGCAAAUAAAAAAAUUUGAUUGGAAAUUUCAUUUCA